AUGUCCCAGCCCACCCGAGCACAGACGACAGCGACCGAUGUCAACGACAAGUCCGUCGCGGGGGUCAACUAUCUCAGCAAAGUCCCAGAUGCGAUGAUAGAAGUGAAACCCGUCGCUCCAGCGAAUACAGAGGAACCCGUGGUGACUCGCAAGGAACUUUGGAGCUACUACCUGUAUUAUAACGCAGCAAACGGAGUCGGGCCUUUGAUCUACUUCUUGAUUCUUUUCCAGAGCUUGGCCACUUCCGCCGGCUGGGACCCUUCUCAAGGCCCUGGAUCCACAUGCACAAACUCUGGGCAAUGUGUUCUACCUUGGGGCAGCGGCACCAAGUCCGUCAGCUCCAUUGUGCUCGUCGCAAAUGGCAUCAGUUUCGCGAUCAUGACAGUUCUUUUCACAACAAUCGGUUCAGCGGCCGACUACGGCACCUUUGGACGUUGGUUGUUGUUCGUCGUCACCCUGUUCUUUUGGGGUUCCCAGUUCGCCGGUAUGGCCCUUACGAAACCCUCACGCUGGAAGGUUGCGAUGAUCAUCUACAUAAUCACCUUCGUUUCGUACGGUGCGACUCUUGUGUUUUAUGCUGCUGUGUUUCCGCGGCUGGCGCGCAACACCCCGCAUGCUCGCCGCCUGCGAGACAAGUUAGAGAAACAGGAGAUUUCCAGAGAAGAAUACGAACUAGAAGAGAGCUUAGAGAAGAAUCGGAUCAGCAACAUUAGCACGUGGCACAGCUUCGUUGGAUUCCUCCUUGUCCUGUGUCUGGACUUAGCGAUUUUGUUACCGCUCGCGACCAAUACUCUGGUGAACAACUAUACGGUAGUUCUGACGAACAUGUACUCAGUAAUCCUCGGCAUAUGGUGGUUCGUCUUUCAACAGCCCCGCCCCGGACCUCCGCUUCCCAAAGGCGAGCACUACCUGACGGUUGGCUGGAAGCAAAUCUGGAUCGUCCUGAAGCAAUGGAGGAAGCUGCCACACACCUUCAUGUACCUCUUCGCCUUCUUCCUGCUCUCUGAUGGCAUGAACACCACAAGCACGCUCGUCAUCAUCUGUCAGAAUGAUCAAGUCCAAUUUUCAUUCCUGCAGAGCACGUAUCUGAGCCUCGCGCAAGGUUUCGCUGCUACUGUCAGUAUACUCGGGUUUUGGUGGAUCCAGAAGUACUGGAAGAUCUCAACGAAGAAGAUGUUCGCAGUCACGAAUGUCUUCACCGUCCUAAUCCCAUUGUGGGGUAUGAUCGGCCUGUGGACAACGAAGUUUGGUUUCCGCCAAACUUGGGAGUUCUGGGCGUACAACGUAGUCUUCGGUCUGUUCCAAGGUCCAUACUACUCCUACGCGCAAACCAUGAUGGCGGAGCUCGCGCCGCCUGGCUUCGACAACAUGUUCUUCGGAUUGUUCGGGCUUUCGAACCGCGCGUCAUCAUUGAUCGGGCCGAACGUCAUCCAAGCCAUCAUCAACGAGACGCAGAACAACUGGAAGGGCUUCCCAUUCCUUUUCGCUCUGUGCUCCGCGGCAUGUCUUGUCAUCUGGUUCGGUGUAGAUGUGGAAAAGGGUCGCCGGGACGCUGUCGCGUGGGCGGAACAGAGUCUAACAUACGUCACAGAGACGAGCACAUAUGUCGAAGACUCUGUCGCGGACUCAAGGGAUUCUGGGGAGAAAGCAUGAGGGGGGUAUUCAUUGCGAGGUUCUGAUAAAGCGGACAUUUCAUGAAACUACCACUCCACAUGAUGCUAGCCAGUGUGAUGUUAUGUGCCGUGCGUCUGGGACAUCC